AUGCUGCGUUUUAACGGUAACGAAGAGCAGUAUAAAACAGCUGUGCUUACCAAUAAAGAAGCAGGAGAUGAGCGCGAGAACGGUGAUAAUUCCAUAAUCCAAACAAAUUCGCCUAGGCUGUCAACACCCGGGUCGUAUACCAAAAAAUCCUCACCACCUAUGUCAACACCGACGCGUAUCCGACGCCAUUCCUUUACACCCGAUGAAAAACCUCCAAAGGGUAUCAACUACAACUCAAUGCCACAUCCAACCAAAGUUGUCACCCCUGCAGAUGCUGCCGCUGUGCUGGCUUCAGCUUACAUAAAUCACGAUAAAAAACAUUCCCAUAAAUAUACCGCAGAACUUUCAAAAAAACAAUUAAAGCGCAGUAUUAGUUUUAACCAUUCUAACCGUUCAAUCUCCCCCCGUCAAACAGCUCCGAAUCCAUACAUUGACGUUGCUGAAGUAUUGGCCACAACGGUUUCUUUUGUUAGAGAAAACAACAAGAAACUCGAUAGGCUAUCUGAUGAGGUCAGAAGUGACGGACAAAGUAGUGAUUACGAUAUGGAUUCUGAUGAUAGUAUGGACUCUUAUCAACAGUCAAGUAAUAAUGGUGAGAUUGAGAAUGAAAUUCAAAUGCUAGCCGUUCAAUUGGAUGACAUGGAACAAAAAUACAAAGAGCAACUUCGAGGAAAAAAUAGGUUGAUAGAACAACUUGAAAAUUCUUUGAAGAAAAGCGGAAAAGAUUUAAAGAAAAAACGUAUUGAGGUUGAACGUUUAGAAAGUCAACUUGAAGCCGCAAAGAGGGCUAUAAAUGAGUUGGUAGAACAGGUAGAACAACUUGGUUGCCUGGCUCGAGGACAAUCACCUGACCCUGAACUAGCCGAAAACCUCCGAACUUUAGAACAAGAAUUGGAAGAAAAAAAUGUAUUGAUUAAUGAGCUUAAUAAAAAAAUACAGAUCUCAAAUAGGCAAGCUGUUGAAUCAAAAGAGAAAGAAAAGAGACUUGAGUUGAUAUCUAAUCAGCUAUUGAAAUAUCAGUCACUUGAGAGUGAAUGGCAAGAUAAACAAAAGACACUUGAUUCCUUGAUUACUCAAAUAGAAAUCCUCAGAAAGCGAGAAUUUGAACUUAAUGAAAAGGACGCUUUAAUUGAAACUCUCAAUAUUCGCCUUGACACUUCACAAAAAGUAAUUGCCGAACUAAGGGAGAAACAUGCCCCACAUGAUCUUUUGAGACAACUUAGACAAAAAGACUAUAUAAUCGAUACUCUCACACAACAGGUUGAAACCAUUGAUUCGGAUAUGAAAGAUAAAGAUGACGAUAUUUCCGCCCUAACUGUGAGCUUAUCUGAGGAGAAAAGACAAGUAGAGAAGCUAAAGGAGCAAACCGCUCAAAUCGAUCCUUUAAAGAAAAAAGCUGAAGCUGCUGAAGAUGCUGCUUAUGACAUUCAAACUAAACUUUCUCAAAAGGAAAGACAGCUUGUCGAAUUAGAAAAGAGAUAUAAAGAAGCUUCAAGGAAUUCCCAAGAUGGCCAAGAUCAGCUUAGAUCCCAAGAACAAACCAUCUCCGCAUUACGUCAAGAAAUAUCUCAGCUCAGACAAGCAUUCACGGUUCAAUCCACUGAAACUCGUGAGAAAGAAAGACUCCUUACGACCCUCAGGGAUGAAACUGCCCAUAUGCGAUCAAAUUAUCAAGGCCUUCUUCAUGCUUUAUCUGAAAAGGAUCAAAGGAUUCAGCAAUUUGAACAACAUUUAGAAAGUUUAAAAAAUGCUUCCCGAAGCGACUCAAACGAAAAGGAAACAAAGAUUAGUAAAAAUGAGGUUCGAUUAAAUGCGUUGCAGAAAGUUUUGAACAAUAAGAUCGAGGCCUGCAGAGAUUAUGAAAAGAAGAUCGUGGACUUGGAAAAGGAUUUUGACGUAUUGAAAACGCAAUUUGAAGAAACCAGAUCGGCUAGUUCAGAAAAAGAGAUUAAAAUCACUAGACUUGUAAAAAUGAACCGUCAAUUGAAGGAAGAAGUUACCGAGUUAAAGCAAAAAAUGGAAGAAAAGGAACAGGAAUUGGUUUUGAUAAAAUCUAAAAUUCCCAAACCUAACCCCAAAAAAACUCCAGCUGCCUCCGUUAGAUCCGCUCCCACCAAGGGUCCAAGAUCCAGGGUUUCGUCCAUGUAUAGUGCCAGCGGUGGUGAAAGUAGCAGCGAUGAAGCUGCAAAGAACGGUGGACCACGCAUCCGCAAAGCCGCUAGCCUUAGCGGUAUCGAUACUAGUCCGUUGAAAAAUAGAUCAACUUUGUCCUCGGUAUCUAGAAGGAUGUCAGAAAGUCCACGAGUUGCUUUAGCUAGAUCUAGAUCAUCUACAUCAACCUCUUCACUUGAUCAAAGAAGAAGUAGUAAUCUUGCUCCAAUUCCAAAGAGGGAUGCCAAACCAAGACUUCCUUCUACGGUUAACACUGUCGAUGUCCUUAAAAAGAGAAGAGACACAAUCACAUCAAAUAAAGAAUCUAGUCCUAUUAAUCGGUCUGCUGUCACUCAAAGAAAACGUGAUAUGGAAGUAUUGAAUCAUAUGCUAAGUGGCGUAGCUCCUGAUAGAAAAAAUAGAUCAACGCUUGCACAAAAACGUGCCACCACCACCGAAAAUGGGUCCUCAAAGAAGAAACUUACAGAUCCAGUAUCCAGUGAUAGUGACCGUGAGACCAAGAAAUCAUCAUCUGUGAAAAGAUCUAGCGACUUGACUACUAUUAUGGAACAAAUCCGCAAAAAUGACGAUCCCGCAUCAAAAUCCACUCGACCAAAGACAUCUAGACCUGUAGUCAAUGCCCAGGCCUCAUCCUCCACCAUGAAAGCAAGGACCUCUUUGAGCCGACCAUUGCCGUCAAAGAAACCAUAA